AUUGGUCAGGUCGUUGUUGACAAAUCGGGCAUUAUGAAAGUUGCUGCGUGGGAACCAAAGUAAUACCUAUGUAACACAAACUAGACACAGUUGCAGAGUUGGGACAACAAUUUUGUAAGAGUGGACUAACUCCACCUCAUGGUUUUUGUCGUGUAGUAAACGUAGCUUCACGUUAGUAGUCGACGACGGUCUGGUUUCAACACCGGCAGCUUAGCUAGCAGGCUGGCUAACACUUAUCUAACUGACAUUUGACUGACACAUGGUGCACUCAGAGAGUGUCUUGUCAGUGGCGAGCAGCAGCGGCAGUAACGACAUUUAACAUGAACGCAAACCGGGCAUGACAGCUGACACCGGAGGGAGGAUCGGCGGCGCGAUGGAGGCACCGGUAUCAACCACCAACUUCAACCUAUCAUACAAUGAGGAAGAAGACCCGGACUCCACUGCUCUCUCGUCCAGUAUGUCCAUUGACAAGCUCUUCCCGGCGCUCUUGGAGUGCUUUGGGAUAAUAUUAUGCGGGUACAUCGCUGGGAGGACAAACAUCAUCACCUCGACCCAGGCCAAAGGAUUGGGGAAUUUUGUGUCCAAGUUUGCCCUCCCAGCGCUGCUGUUCAAGAACAUGGUACUGUUGGACUUUGGUAAUGUCAUCUGGCCAUUUCUGUGGAGCAUCCUCAUCGCCAAAGUGUCUGUGUUUGUCAUUGUGUGCGUCCUCACACUGAUAGUUGCCAGUCCUGAGAGCCGCUAUAGCAAGGCUGGGCUCUUCUCAAUAUUUGCCACCCAAAGCAAUGACUUUGCUUUGGGAUAUCCCAUUGUUGAGGCCCUGUACCAGAGCACAUACCCAGAGUACCUCCAGUACAUCUACCUGGUUGCACCUGUGUCCCUGAUGCUUCUCAAUCCCAUUGGCUUUGCCUUCUGUGAGAUCCAAAAAUGGAAGAAUCAGGGAAACAACCAGCAGAGCAAACUCAGGAUCAUGGGACUUGUAUUUUUACAGGUCCUGAAGAAUCCUAUUGUAUUCAUGGUCGUCAUCGGCAUCAUCGCCCACUUUGUCCUGCACCAGACGAUUCCGGCCUUCAUGGCUGAAUUUGUGGAUGGUUUGGCAAACUCUUUUGGGGGAGCCGCUCUGUUCUACCUGGGUCUGUCCAUGGUGGGCCAGCUGGGGAAGUUAACCAGAUCCACAGUCGUGACACUGAUAUUACUAAUUACAGCAAAACUGUUGCUGAUGCCACUGAUUUGUAAGGACAUGGUGGAUCUGUUGGACAACAGCAACACCAGUGCUUUGAACCACUCUAGCCUCUCCAACUAUGCCUUUCUUUAUGGAGUGUUUCCCACUGCACCAAGUGUGGCCAUCUAUGCUGUCUAUUACAACGCAGAGCUCGAAGUUGUAACCUCUGGGAUGGUGAUCAGCACUUUUCUCUCAGCUCCGAUAAUGUAUGUUUCUGCCUGGUUACUCACAAUCCCUUGGAUGGAUCCUCAGCUUUUGAUGAAUUCACUGCAGAAUGUCAGCUUUAACAUAAGCAUAGUGAGCUUAGUUGCACUGGUGUGGACAAUUGCUGUCAUGUUUUUAAGUAAGAAAGUCAAGAGGCUACCUCAUAUGUUUACAGUCAACCUGUUCUUGGCACAGUUUCUAACUUGUAUUGGGAUGAUCGUGUGGAACUUUGUGGUGAAAAAAGACAACUUCAUCGGGCAGGUCCUGACUUUCACAUUAUUAUGCACCUCACUCUACAGCACUUAUGUGUGGCCAGGUUUGAUAGCACUCUCUCUUGUGCUCCUGAAAAGGUUUGAAGAUCUAAAAGUCUCACCAGGCGUGUUCGUCAUUGCAGGCUGGGGGGUCCCAGCCUUAGUAACUGCUGUGUUACUCAUUUCUGGGGGGAAAAUGUCUGACACCAUUGACUCGUCAUUCUUUUAUGGCAAACCACAGAUAAUCUGCACCACGGUUCUAGUUGCCCUCAGUACGCUGCUUGGAGGGGGCUCUCUUGUGUGUCUCAGUAGAGAAAGCUGGGCCCAAAAUGACCAAAUCCAAGAGGGAAACUCUUCAGAGAAUCUUGUGACUGAAGUUGAACCAGAAGACCAGGAUAUGUUUGAGCCAGUCCCCACAUCCGGGGGUCUCAACGGAGAAUGCCUCAUAUGUGAGUGUGCACCAACCCAGCCCAUGCCUGACAUGAUCAUCAGCACAAACCCACCAACCACACUCACAGAUCGGUGUGAGAACAGGUGUGAGUCCACGGACUGCCUGCUUGUCCAAGUGGAGCUUCAACAGGUUGCAGAUAGACAAGUGGCUCGUCAUUUGCUCUUAUGUCUGCUUCUGACUGUCAGCUUGCUUGCUAACUUGUCCAGCUGCUUGUGGUUGCUCUUUAACCGUGUUCCUGGUAGACUCUACUUGGAGCUGCAGUUCUUCUGUGCUGUGGUCAACUAUGGACAGGGUUUUCUCUCCUUCGCUCUGUUUGGGCUGGACAAGCACUUAAUUAUACUGCCAUUUAAGAAAAGGUUAUACAGUCUGUGGUAUGGAAAGAAGCGAGAAGAGCAGCCGCAGACUGAUUUACCUGAAGAGAUCAGGAUGACCUGCACCCAGUUCACCAAAUACCACAAGGACCAGUGUUGUCAUGACAUAGUCAAAAAAAGAAGAUGUGGAAAGAGGACUAUGGUGGACUGUUUUCUUGGCUGUGAACUGGUGGAGUGGCUCCAGCAGGUGGGCUUGGCUCAGGACCUUGGUGAGGCGGUACUCUAUGGAACGCGCUUACAGCAGGGCGGUGUGCUCCAGCACAUCAAGCGGGAAUAUGACUUCCAAGACAGUCGCCUUUAUUAUAGAUUUAUAUUAUAAGACACACAAGUCAACAUUUCUUUUUUACCAAAGGAAAAUGGCAUUUCAGUCCAGAAAAAUUACAUCUGUAGGCCAGACAACAAGAACAAUACUGACCUUUAAAGAGUACCCGACUGAAAACUGUUGGCACCGCCGUGCUCUGUCCACACCCAGUUCAGUGUAACACAAUGCAGAAUUGUGUAUCUAAGUUGGGUGUUGGAACAGACCACACCCGACUGUGAAAUGCCAAUAAAUAAUGCAUUGUGUGGAGUAGGUUUAAAGGGAAUUAGCAGUGUAUAGUAUAGUUGUUGUUUUUUUUUAACCACCUGUGUCUUAUUUUUGCAGUUUUACAUUUGAACAUUUCACUCACCAGGUUAUUUGCUGAGAUUUUGAGUUCUGUCAACAUUGCUAAAACAGCCAAUCAGGACAGGAACAUGAUCAGACACGCACACGCUGUUUAGCCAUGUGGGAAAACUGCAGGCACAACUACUGCUUAGUGCUGUAGAUUAGAGUUCAGGAAGUCUGUCUUCAAAUUCUAAUAGAUGUCUACAACAGACAGAUUGGGUAAUAAAGUUAAUAUGAUACAGUUUAUUUACAUGUCAAAUAGUCUCUCUGUGGUCCUUGCCCUGUUUGACUGUUGUAGUACUGCACUCUUAAAUCAGCAAGGAAGCUGGUGAGUAAAAUAUUAACCAAACGGGACUGAUGGCCAAAACUACAAAAAUAAGAUGUUUUCAAUAUACAUGCAUUUUCAAGAAUAACACAACUAUUAUUAUAUUAUUAUUAUUAUUAUUAACUACUAUUAUUACUAAUUUUAAAGGAUAAAACAAGACUUAGCUGCUUUUUAAAUACUUUUUUUUGCGUAGAUUUUUAAUCAGUCAUGCACUUGGACUUUCAGUUGUUUUAUUUUAUGUUGUGUCAUUGUGUGAGCGAUAAAGCACAAAGAGCUGCCUUCAGUUACAACUGCAGGCAUUCUGCUUUGCUGAAUGUAUUAUUUCAUUUACUGGCACACUUCUGAGUGUAUUAUCACUCUUCUACCAAAGCCACUUGCCAAAGGAAAAAGGGAAGAUGUGGUAAAAUCUUCAUUCAUUCAUUCGUUUGUUUGUAGUUUAACUUAUUAUUUAAUGUUUCACCAGUUAGUUAACUGGUAAUGUAUCAUGAUUAUUGUAGUGUUGAUAACCUGCAGUUUAACAUGACUUGGCAUUAAUGUAGAAAACACUGUUCCCCAUACACCAUUUCAAACAACCUGCCAGUUUUUCCACAUUUCCAAGGCCAUGUUAAAAUUGUUUUAAUAUUUUUGAAAGUGACAACAACACAAGCAAGCUGCCACUUGAAACAUUCAAAAAGCCAUCAUAAUUAAUAAGUGAUAACAUAACAUGGCAGCAUGGCUUAGUCUGAGUCUCAGAACUCAGGGAUUCUAAGACUCAGAUUAAUCUAACAUGUUUACUUGAAAGUGUUUAACUUGAAUUUGAAAAUGUCCUCCUCCACACAAACUGUAUGAACUUUUAGUUGGAAAAGUGCGAGCUGCUGUAAGUUUUUCUCUCAGGUACAUGACACAGGUAGAAAACUAACUUUGCUUAAGCGAUCAUUUUUGUGGCUUUUUUAAGUGCAAAUGUUUGUUUUUAAUAAUAAUUCAACAAGAAAAUUGUGUUAAAACAAUUGUGUUUUUAUUCUGUAAAAGAUUGCAUAUUCAUGAUAUCUGGAUUUGUUUUAAAAAUAAAUGUCAUUUCUGAACCCUUUA